AUGCCCUCCAGUACUACCAGAAACCGUGUUGUACUAGAGGGACUGUUCAAGACCAUACUAGAAUGGAGAAAACAGGUGCCUAAGGAUGGCCAUGUCAAUAUUCGCAGCCUGAAAGAUGUCGAACAUGUGGUUCAAUUUGAUUUCGAAAACUUGGAUAAUGCGGAAUCCAACCUGGCAAUGGUUCCUCCUAUCUUGUUUAAGCCAAUGGAUCUGGCGGAUUUGGAGAGGCAUCCAGUCGAUCCGAAGCUGGCACGAGAGUUCCUUGACAUCGAUCAGGACGAUAGCGAUAGGAACUUUCCAAUAGGACCGAUAGAUCGUGUACGUCAAGUCUCUACAUUUAUCGAAGAUCGCACUACUCGCGAGGCCCGGUCUCAGCAGGGUCUCCAGAGUGUGGAAGCUCCAGAAAGCACGUUUUGGCUGGAAGCCAUACUAGCCUACAAUUACAGUAACAACGGUUGGUGGACGGCCGAGUGUCUGGUAGAGCCACGCCCCGACAAUGGUAAGCCUUAUUUACACCUAGCCUUUCACCUUCUAGACGAUAAGGAGGGUUGGGAAGACGCCAUUCUGUACUCAGAGCUGUGCGCGAUUGUCGAGGCGAUGAAAGGCCGUGCGAAUCAACGACUGGUGGAUUCUGAAUACGUACGGGAGGAACUUGACGAGUGUGGCGGUAGAGGCAAAGAAGUGCACCCAUAUUUAUUUCAUGAUGAAGAGCAUUUUCCUGUACUUAUGGUGUCAUGCGUCCUACCUCAACAUGCUAGACUCUUCAUGGCAUGUAUGAGCCAGCGGAAGCUAGUGAUAAGACAAUCCAAGCUGUACAGCUUCGAAUGGAAGGACGAGGCACCGGUGGACUUGUUUGCUCGCGUGUUUUUAAGCAAGCCUUUGGUGCCACGGAUCUAG